AUGUCCAGCACCCAAAUCCCUGCCGGCAAGACCUGGUUCGACACUCACAAAGUACACUUUAAAGAUGUCCCCAUUGGGCCGGACAACGGAAUAUCAACAACAGAGUUCCUCGACGCCUCCGAAGCGACGACGACGCUCUUCGAUCUCCUGGGGUCUGUGGCCUUCACCCCCGUCAAGAACGACAUGCUGGGCAACGUGACCAAAGUGCGCGAGAGACAGAAAGCCGCCCCCGAGGGGUCACAGACACUUCAGAGCCUGUGCAAGACCGAAUUGGCGUCGAAAUCCCACAAGGCGACGGAAGGGUUGCUGUGGUUGGUGCGUGGGCUGGACUUUACCGCGCAGGCGUUGCGGGCGGAUCUCACGAGUAAUGCGUCGGUCGCGGUGACGGAACAGAAGCCUACCAAGGAGCUGGCGGACGGGUUCCGAACGAGCUACAAGAACACGUUGGCGCCGCAUCAUGGGUUCUUGGUCAAGCCGAUCUUCAGCGCGGCCAUGAGUGCCACGCCCUACAGGAGGGACUUUUAUGCCAGAUUGAGUGGGCAGGGUACGGAUCCGGAGACGACGAGGCAGGCGCUGGAGGCCUGGGUUGCCGCUUUGGAACAGAGAGUUACUGUCAUCAAGACCUUCUUGGCGAGCAAGGAAGCCAAGUGGUAG